AUGUCCGACCGCCGAGAGAAGCGACCGUCCGACGCAGCUGGUACCGCCGCCGCCGCCGCCCCCGCGGCCAAGCGUGCCCGCGAGCCGGCGGCCUCGGCGUUCCCCACGUACAAGGACGCCCCCGACCUAGCCCCCAAGAUCCGUCUCCUCUGCGAGAUCCUGGCCUCCUCCGCCUCCGAUGUCGAGGCGGCGCUCGACGACGCCGACGUGCGGGUCACCACCUCCGACGUCGAGCAGGUGCUCCGCUUCUCGUACGCGCACCCGCGCGGCGCCGCCGCCUUCUUCCGCUGGGCGGGCCAUCGCCACCUGCGCCACCAACACUCCCCCUACGCGUGGAACCUCGUCAUCGACCUCCUCGGCAAGAAUCGCCUCUUCGAUCCCAUGUGGGACACCGUCGGCUCCAUGCGCUCCCAGGGCCUGCUCUCCCUUGCCACCUUCGCCUCCGUCUUCUCUUCCCUGGCGGCCAACCCCGCCAGCUCCCCCCUCAAGGCGUUUGUGGAAAUGCCGAGGUACGGCAUGGACCGGGACGCGCCGGCCCUGAACUCCCUCCUCUCCGCGCUCUGCCGUGCCUCCCGGCUCGACGACGCCCGCGCGGCGAUCCCCGUGGCACGCGCGGAGGCUGGCACUCGCCCUGACGCCGACUCUUAUGCCAUCCUUCUCGAGGGUUGCGAGGCUGCCGGCGACGCUGCCGUCGCACGAGAGGUGUUCGAUGAAAUGGUGCGUGCCAUCGGCUUUGAUCCUGCCAAUGUUCCUGCCUAUGACUCUUUUCUCACAACGCUAGUUUCAAGUGGCUCCUCCACGGGGCUCUCGGAUGCGAUGGAGUAUCUGGCUGUCUUGCGCCAGUAUAGGUGCUCACCGGGGGAGAAGUUCCUCCGUGCUGCGCUGGCCGCGCACCUCAAGGCACGUGAAUUGCGCAACGCGGAGGUGCUCUGGGAGGACUUUGUCAACCGCCGGGGGAUCGUCCCAGAUCAGGAAAUGUACAGCACAAUGAUCGUGCUGCAGGGAACUCUGGGGCAUGCUGAGGUUGUUGUGAAGUACCUUGAUGACAUGACCUUCAAUGGAGUGUUUCCCAACACGGACACGUACAAUGUGGUCCUCAAGCUCUUGCUGAAGGGGAGGAAGCUCCGAGCGGCAUCGGCAAUACUUAGAGAGAUGGUCAAGAACGAGUGCUGGCCAAAUGAGGCAAAUUGUUCUCUUGCGCUUCGCAUGUUCUUGGAUACUGGUGACUGGGAGACAGGGAUGAAGUUGUGGAACUGCAUGGUGGCGAAUAGCCUGCCUCCACUGGAAGAGAAUGGGAACAUGCUUGUAUCGAAGCUCAAGGAUGAGAUGUUGCCUGAGGCAUGCAAAUAUGCAGAGGAUAUGAUCGAUCAGGGUAUCAAGUUAAGCUCGUCAACACUGGCAAAGCUGAAGCAGAGCCUGGUAAAGGUUAAAAAAGUGCCCAUUCAUGACCGCUUAGUUACGAAGUGGAAGGCAAAGGCACACUAGGUUUUUGCGCUCUCUUAUGUCAUAUAUGGGUUAUGUAGGACUGGAAAUUGGAGUUGACUUUCUUCAGUUAACGGCUUCGUGGUGACUUUCUUUCUGCAACUGUAGGCAGCUUGUUGCUUUGCUAUUCUUGCAAUGCAAUUUCUGAAGACUUGGUGUAUAAUAUAACAUGUCAGCUAAGAAUUGUUUGGCAACUUUAUCCGUGAAGAGACAAAGUUGGUAACUGAGGAGUUCAAUCUCCUAACGUGUACACCUUUUUUUCUCUCAUCAGUCCCUUCCAUAGAGAUUAUAGUGUAUUCUUUUGCAUUUGA